CUGUAACAUUUUUUUCUGACCCAGGAUCCAGUUUAGCAUCAUUCAUCAGUGAUGUUUUUUUCUAACUAUAUAGGCCCGUCAGUUAUUCAUGCUGAGUACGUUUCCUUAGGAGCAUGUGUUACAAAUGCAAUUCAGUUUACCUGUGCAAUUAUUUUAUUAAUGUCUGUAAGCUCCACAAGAGCUUGGAUCUUGCCAGUUGCCACAGCCCUCUGCACACAAUAGGUGCUUAAUAAAGAUCUAUGGAAUGAAAUGCGUGAAGGAAAGCAAAGCAGGCACUUUCUUGAGUAGGGGCGACUUUCCACGAUUCUCUCUAGAUUUGUCCAAAAGUCUUCAUACUCCUAACCUUCCACUCCAGCACUUGCGUUGCACACAAUAGGCGCCCCAGUGCUGAGCACACUCCUGCCACGCCCGCAGGCCGUGCGCCCCAGGGUAAAAAGUACCCCCGCACGCCGCGAGGGGGCGGCAGCACUCCGCUCAGACUCCGCUAGCUCCCGAGCCGGCGCCUACAGCUCCAGGAACUCAACGGGCGAGCCUUUACCGGGCGCCUCCCGAGUUCCCCGAGCUGCACUCGGCUCUCGAGGGCGCAGAUCCGGUGACAGGUCGGUGUCCAUGGAGGGGGAUCCAGGCCGGAGUCUAGGGGUCGCUCCGGGAACGCAGGCUGAGGCCAUGAGCUUGUUCUGAGUCGGGCGCUGCGGGGGUCGGCGCUCUCGGUUCGGGAGCACUUCCGGGAGAAGUGUCCCGGCAGAACUGGCGACCUCUGACCCGCCAGACCUUCCUCGGGUACCUCAGCUGGCCGCUGAGCGCGGGUGCCCCUGGCCGCGCUCCGCCCCGGACGUCUCCGCGCAGGCGCCACGGCCGCGGUUCCCAUGGCGACGGGGGGCGCGUCCCUGCCCGAGGCCCCGCCCCCAGCAGGCUAGGCUGCGCGGGGCCGCGAGCGGCGCGGGCAGGUGCCACGGGCUUCGGGCAGGUGGUGGCGCGGGCUGGCUGCGGCGGCUCCACGACCUGCCGAAAUUCAGCCCGCAGAGACGAGCUUCGCCUCCCUGGCCGGCUUCUGCCACGGAAGUGUACAGACAGCCUCAUUUGCAAUGAGACGUGACCCUGUUGGCUUUCUCAGGCUGUCGCAGAGCCCCAGCCAGGGUCUGCCAGCUCUGGUGGUUGCUUCUCCAUUUGGGAUGUUCCUGAUCCCCAUGGAUCCACAACUGUAACCAUGGUGACGCGGGUCGAAGUUGGCUCCGUAACUUCCCUGGCUAGAGUGCCCGGCCUGGGUGAGAUCGCCAAAGAGGAGACCCUGCAGCGGACCUACUUCUGCCAGGCCAGUGCUGCCCCCUCUGCAGCGCUGCUCCUGGAAGGGAAGAGCCCCCUUAGGAGCAGCCCGGCCUGCCUCCUCCCUCUGCCACGGCUCGCCCCCAAACCCUUCUCCACGGGCAAGGCCCAGGACCUGAAACCCCCUGCCACAUCCCUGUGGCCCAGCCCAUCUGGGCUGUCUCCUCCUCGUGGCCUCUCCCAGGACACAGAGGCCAAGCAUCUGGGUGAGAGGAUGCCCAGCCUGGUGGGGCAGGAGGCGGGGAGCGGGGAGGGCCUGAGGAGAAGCUCAUCUCUGUUCAGCAAGGCUGCGGUUCUGCAGCCAGGCCCCAAGGCCAUGACUCUCUUGGAAACUGCCAAAGCUAGCCCCACUCUGGGGAAGGGGAGCAGUGAGGGGGCUCAGAAGGCUGGCGCAGGGGAGUCUCAGGAGUCCCCUCUGAGCUCCCGGCCUGAGGUGGCCCCCAAGCCAGCCCUGCCCCCCAGAAAGCCUGGGGGGACCCUUCCCCAACUAGCCUCCCUGUCACAGGACACAAGGCCAGCUGCCACUCCAGAGGAGGCAGGCCCAAGUGAGCCUCUGUCAAAAGCCAGCAGCACGGAGGAAUCAAGGGGUCCCACUCCGGAGCCUAGGCCUCGCCUGAAGAGAAGGCCUGUGUCAGCCAUUUUCAUUGAAUCCAUUCAGCCUCAGAAGCCAGGCCCCGGUGGAGAAGCCGCUGUGGGGAAAGUGCCCCCGACCCCUCCUGAGAAGACGUGGGUGAGGAGGCCCAGGCCUCUGUCCAUGGACCUCACGGCCCCGUUCAAGGGCAGAGAUGCUGCGCUGAGGAAGGUGGCCGACGAGGCCGCAGGUUUCACCGCCCAGUGGCGGGUCCCAGGGAGGUCUGACCUGGAACCCAAAGCCAGUGUGGAAUGUUUGGUCAAAGCAGGGGCUCCCCUUCAUGACCCAGAUCCAGACUUUCUGGAGGUGGCCAAGAAGAUCCGAGAGCGGAAAAUGCUUGUUAAGCAGAUGCAGACGGGCAGCCUCAGGACUGCCGGGGGCUCAGCCACGGACAGUCCCAUGGAAGACCAGAAUCCUGGGAACGAGAAAGCCAACCUGGUCGGGGACCCCGAGAAGGUGCCCAAGUCCCCUUCUCCCAGGCCUGGAAAAGACCAAGAAUUUGCUGAGGUCACGAGCAGAGCGGCUGAUGGAGAAAUCCGGCUGGAGGGAGGAUGGACCCCCAGGGGCAGCAUCAAGCAGCGCCUCAGCCUCUUUGGGGAGGAGAGCACCGUGGCAGCGGGGUCUGAAUCCCCACUGGCUGCCUCCGAGUCCCCGUCAGCUGCGCCAGGGCCAGAGAAAGCAGGUGUGAGCGUCCAGGAGCGGAUCAAAGGCUGGGCUGCUGAGAGCUCUGAGGCAAAGCCGGGCACCAGGAGGAAGGCAUUCCAGGCACGGCCGUUGUCAGCGGAUUUGACCAAACUGUUUUCAAGUUCAGCUUCAAAUGAUGAAGUCAGAUGUGACAGGAUUCCUGAGCUGAGUGGUGACCUUCCUAAGGAAUCCAGAGCAAAGCAGAAGGAAAGGCAUGGUUCAGAUGGAACAUCCGUCCCAAGAAGCCCCUGGAAGCCCGGGACACUCGGGGAGAAGCCCAGGCAGGCAGAGUGGAAAGACAGUUCUCACCAAGUCCCAGACAGCUCCCGGGGUGGAAGCGCCGUGGGGCCUCCGUGCCCUUCUGACCGCACUCCAGAAGAUGAGGGAAGCUUCCAGACUGUGUGGGCCACAGUGUUUGAGCAUCACGUCGAGAGACACACCGUGGCUGACCAGUCAGGAUGCCGUCCCUCAGCCACGCCCCCUGGUGAUGUGGCCGAUGCCUGUUUGUUUGAGCUGAGACCCAGGCGGGAGAGAAGCUCUUGGCUGGAGAGGGACCAACUGGAAAAGACAAACCUCAAGAAAGAGAACUCCAGGUGGUUCGAGAGUCCCGACACAGAGAAAUCAGUAUGGACCUGCCUUUCGAAUGGUGAGCCCAGACAGUCUCACGUGCCGCUCUCGGAAAAAUACCCUUUGGAUGAAAAUCACAGUAAUAGCCCCUUCUUUAAGCACUCUGAAAAUCCUCCCAUAGCCCCGAGGGUUGAGCCCACCUAUGACCUUGUGCACUCAGUAGGGGAGCGCGCACACAGUGAGGCCAUCUCCACGGUGCCAGAGGAGAAAGCUGUGACUCUCCGAAGCAGCAGGUCUCGACUCUCGCUGAAGGGAGGGCAGUUGUCCCCUGAGGUCACCCCUGCUGACCCAGAGUACAGGCUGGACGGUCAGACAGGGUCCGUCCAGAGGGCCAGUUUGAUUUGGGAAGCUCGAAGGACGCAUGAGGUCAGUGGGCCAAAGCCCGACUUCCGAGAGUUUGGGGGCAACUGCCCAUCACCCAGAUGGACAAGUGGGGUGACCAUGAACUGGCUUAAAGCCACUGUGGUGGACAGUGAGGAGAAGGGCUCGGUCACCCGCGGACGCCCGGCCAGGCCCUGGGGCCCCGAGGCUGCCUCUGUGAGGGCCAUCCAGGCCGCCUGCAGGGAGGCCCGGCUUGAGGGGCCCGAAGGGGCUGGGAGCAAGCUGGGACGUGGCAUCUCAGCGGGAGAGAGGGGCUCCCCCUGGGGUUGCCCCCCGGAUCCUCCUUCCAGGGCUAAGGACAAGCCUUCUGACUUUCAGUCUGACGUCCAAGCAUGGCCACAUGCAGACACGAUUAUGCAGAAAGGGCCUCUCGUGGCUGCUGGCAAAGGUGAACCCAGGCUGGCCCAGGCGCCCCAGCCUGAAGCCAAGACGCGUAAGGUGAGUCCCACUGACCAGAGAUUCGAGAAGUGGCGGCGGCGGACUUUACCCCGUGAUGUGAAGUUCGAUGAAUUCAGUUUCCUGGCCCCAGAAAGCUCUUUGAAGGAGGAGCAGAGACAGACAGGCUGUGUGAGUCCCACCGUCAGUGCCUUAAGGAAACCUCAACUGUCGCACAGUAGGGCAGAGACCCAGGAGGUGACCCCAGGUAUUGCACAGGACCGGACUUGUCCAGCCAUGAAACAAGAGUCCUCUGUGGAAUCCAGGGUGACAUUUUUUGCAGUGACGUAUCAGAUUCCUGAUACUCAAAAAGCAAAGAGCAUUGUUAAGUCAGGGCCCCAAAACUUGACAGAACAUUCUGGAAAAACCACCCCGCCUCUAUCUCCUCAUCCUUUAACAUCUACCUUGGUUUCUCUUAACCACAACAAGCCACUGGAGACCGUGGGCAGUAAAAACCCGGCUAAGGGCAGAGAGCGGGACAGUGCAAGCUCUUUAAAAAUUUUGAAGCCCACAGACCAUCCACCGUCUCCUGGGGUCAGGAGUCCGGAUCCUUCUAGCCAAAGAAUCAUCAACGCUGACACUUUACGGGUUCAUCGGGGACCAGAAGAUGGCACACGUUUUCAGGAUGAUUGGGAGGACAGUGGGAGCAAGACGUCCCCCAAAAGUGCUCCCCAAGUGACCCCGGCUUUCAGAGGUCAUCUGAAAACCAGUGAUGACCUCUUCAGAAGGGAGAUGGAGGUGGUCAGUGAGAGGUUCCCUGGUAAAAUCAAAGAUGGCUACAGAUCCAGCGUUCUCGACAUUGACGCCUUGAUGGCAGAGUACAAGAGGCAGGAUGCUGAGUGUCUGGACAGCCUGCACCCCGAGUCCAGCAGCUCCUCUCAGGAGAGGCCAGGCCGCCUGGGCAGGGUGGGACUGAGGAGGAGGAGCCUGACGGAGAGGUCUGAGGCCGAGGGUCUCUGGAAGCAAACCAGUCUCGCUGAAACAAGCCACAGUUCCAUCCCUGGCUUGUGCAGGCAGCCGGCAGAGACCCUAGGGACAGCCACAAACACCAAAUUCAGCCCUCCUCUCUGGGCUCUGCCACACUCGGCUCCUGAGAAAUAUCCAGGGGCCUCUUCUGGCCCUGCAGGUUCCAGGAAAAAGGUCUCGGGAAUCCCUGAGGAUGAAGAAAAGCCCUUUGCUAGUAAACAUAAUGGUGCAAAGUGUGCGAGUUACUCAGCUGAGUCAAAACCUAUUGUCUGGCAGGAUCCAGGCCAUGGGGCCAGCAUGUUGCCCAAAUGUUCCCCCACCCACCAGAAGAAAGGGACCCCAAAGAAAUCUGUCGGGAGGGGAGAGGAAGGCAGUGUGGUCCAGUGGGGUGGCCACCUGUGUGACUGUGGCAGGGCACCCCUGGAUAUCAAGAGGACCUAUUCAGAGAAGGGCCCCCCUGCCAGAAUCCGAGAGGGCCUGUCCAUCAUGCAGGAAGCCAGAGAGAGGAGGCAAGAUCAGCUCAGAGGGAAGCCCCGCCUCCCUGGGGAUAGUUCAAAGGCCACGGAGAUGAAAACGGGGCCCUGUCGGCGAGAGUCAGAGGCUCGAGACAAUCAAAAGGUGCUGCUACGGGACCUGGGGAGGGAGGAUGCCCUCCAGGACAGCGAGCAGCCACUCUCGCCGGUCUCCCCUGUGGCCUCGGGCCCCCGGAGAAGCCACAGUCUCUGUAAGGACAAGAGGAGUGGGCCCUUUAUGGACCAGCUGAAGCAGUGUUUCUCCAGGCGGCCCCCCGAGGCCAAGGACACCGACACGCUUGUGCAGGAAGUCGACAGCCAGUAUGGGACGUGGACGGACCAGCACCAAAGUGGGGAGAGCUUUGCCCCAGAGUCUCCGUCCCCAGACAGCAGUGCUGUGUUGGCAUGGAAACAAGCCCCCAGCAGCCGCUUGUCCUCACUGUCCUCCCAAACGGAGGCCACCUCAGCCAGGGACCAGUAUGAAUGCUCCAGGGACCAGCAGAGCACUCGUGUAGACCGAUCCAGCACCGACCUGGAAUCCACUGCUGGGAUGGAAGGGCUGCCGUCGCCAGGUGCCUGCCUUGCAAAGAGAGUGGACGACUUCUCCUUCAUCGAUCAAACCUCAGUCCUCGACUCAAGUGCCCUCAAGACCCGGGUGCAGCUCAGCAAGAGAAGCCGCCGCCGGGCUCCCAUCUCCCACUCCCUCCGGCGCAGCCGAGUCAGCGAGUCAGAGAGCAGGUCUCCUUUGGAGGAGGAGGCCAAUAGCACCUGGAUGUUCAAGGACUCAACAGAAGAGAGAGCUCCCGGGAGGGAAGAGUCUGAUGAGGAGGAGAAGCCAUCCGGGGCCGGGAGGACGCCCACUGGCCAUCCUCAGAGGAUGCCUGUGUUUCCAGGCAUGGACCCGGCAGUGCUGAAGGCUCAGCUGCACAAAAGGCCAGAGGCGGAUAGUCCCGGUGAGACCCCUGGCUGGGCCCCCCAGCCCAAGACCCCCAAGUCCCCCUUCCAGCUGGGCAGUCGCGUGCUGCCCCCCGGCGUGGAGGAUGAGAGAUCAGAAGAGCCCUCUCCCCAGUGGCUAAAGGAGCUGAAAUCCAAGAAGAGGCAAAGCCUGUAUGAGAACCAAGCUUGACCAGACAGGGGACAGUGCCACAUCUAAUGAACAGAAGCCUUAACUGUCAGAACCCGAAGAUGAGGCCGUGCUGCUGCGUGCCUUCCUGCACACGGUUACCUGCCUGGGCCCUUCGGUUGCUGGAGGGUGCUGUCCAGUGCCUCCCACCCUCCCCAGGUCCGGGUAGGAGCGUCACAUCCUCCAACAUUCAUGUGUCUCCCGGACAGCACUUCAGGCUGGGCAGGAAGCCAGGCUGCCCUCAAUGGUCCAUGCUGGUGGUUUGGUUUUUUUAUGAACAAAUUUGCAUUUCUACCCAUGUUAGACACCUGCAGCCAUUCCAGAAACAUUGGUGUGAGGCUGGACCAUCUUCCUGGGUUCUGGAAAACACCUGUAUCAUAAAUGCACCUCUUCCCCCCACCCCAGGGCAGGUCUUUUUCGGGAGGACAUUUCCAAGGAAGAGAAACCGUCUAUGUCCUGCUGUAGUUGUGCUCCAAGUCAGCACCACUGGGGUGGGGUUUUUGAUUGCUUUUCUGGUGGGGUCUGUCUCCCUCUUGAAAAUCAACAGUUGUGAUUGUUAAACGUGCCCACCCCCACAUUCUUUCCAGUGUAUUUGUCCUUCCAGCAGAACUGUGUGCAGAGCUGACCUGUUCCAUUGCGUGUCAUUUUUGUUUGCUUUAGAAGGCGAUAAAGCAAUAAUUCAGCCAAUUUUCUUUGAAUUUUGAUAUGUAAAUAUGUUUUUAUGUUAAAGAAUAGGAGGAAUGAUGUGUGAAUAGUUUGCCUGAAGUAUCCAAUCAUCUCAGGUUAUCCCAUCCACACUUUUAAAAAAUGCUAAUUGUCACCUUUGUAUAUAUUUUCCUGGCUUCUUUUCAUCUGAGCUCUGAUUUCUCUGGAGUGACCUUUGUCCCUUGGCCUCAAGGGUUCAUAAACUGCAGCCGAAAUGGCAGUGCCUUUCCCACUCAAGCAUCAGACCUGCCCUGAGAGUCUUUUCCUCUGGAGUCUUUUCUGAACACCACCUGAACUGCUGGCAUGGAAGAACCAUUGCGAAGUGGCCUCAGAACAAAUGCAUGAUGAGGGUUCUUUUGUGUCUUCUUCCUUCUUCCUUCUACCAAAUCCCCCAACUCCAUCUGACCAAGUGCUUUAUGUAGGUCCACCUGUGGGAAGGAGGGUCCCGCCGACAGCCCUUCUCCAGAAGGGAGAUCCCUGGCCAGGGCCUCGGGACGGGAGUGCUGGAUGUGGGUGGCCAUGUGGGAGGCUCUUCUGCUUCUCCUGUUCUUGCUAUAGCUCUAAGCUCAGCCUCAGGAACCCCCAGGAUCUCUGGGGGCUCUAAACACUCCCCGCUUUGUCCUCCUCUUUGGAAAUCCUCAACACCAGCUUCUCCCACCUCUGAACCCAAGGCUCUGGCAAACCUCCCCGAUGUGCUUGGCUGGCCGCCCGCCAUGCCUGGAGUUGCCAUAAAUUUUGUGCCAACUUUGCUUGGGAGGCACCCACUGGUGAGAAAGAAGCUUGAGCAAUUUCCAGGGCAGCCUGUGAUGGCUGAAGUGCCGUGGUCUGAAUUUCCUAAUGGAUCCGUGCAUGGCAGUGGUUAGAGAUGGAAGGGGUCAGGGGGGGCACGUGCAUGACUUCCUGAGACAUGAAAAUCUUUCUUGAUAAAUCCGUUAUGUGCAAGUGGUAUCAAAACAUACCUCCCUUCUCCCUGGACACCUCUCUAAGAGUCUCUGUUUGUCUGCUCAUCUCUGCUUCCUUCCUUGUUGCCUUAUACCACCUCUUCCCUGGUCUGUAGGUGAUGACGGAGUGGGGAGAGCCAUGCUGUUUCUCCAGGUAAGGACAAUUGCCUGGGCCCUGGAGGGUCGUAGUGUUUCAGCACCCUGGACAGGGAUGGAAGCCCUGAAUCUCUUGCCCCAGUCCUGUUGACUGGACUUUGCCUACUGAUGGGCAGUUGCUGGACCCUGUCAGUUAGCCUGUCAUUUGCAUCUGGAAGCCUCAUGCAUUUGUAUCUGGAGGUUUGGCCCUGCCUGGUAAGAGCUUGUAUUCUCUUCCUCCCCUGAGUUAGUGCUAAGUCAGUUCUCUGUGGCCAUUUGGAUGGAGAUUUAACUCCUCCAGCAGCUCUGCUUCAGUUGAUUUUUCUUCUUUUUUUUUAAAGAUCCAAAUCUUGUUUUAUAACAUUUUGAUGUAGUGACUUUCCAGUCAGUAGGUCCCUUUAAGAGAAAUUCCCCACGUUUUGACCCUGACUUUCCUUCAGGUGGCAAGGGCCCCCCGGUGCCAGUGCAGGCAGGAGGACUUGGCCUGCCCUGCCCAGUGAGUAUAUUGACACUCACCACGUAAAACUCUCAAUCCUUAGUUAGUCAUGCUUAGCCCAAGUAUGCCUGGUAAAAAAGAAAAAUGCUUGAAAAUGAUACUGACCUGGAGAUCUUUAGCCUGACCUCCUGCACCUUGAUUGGAAAUAAGAAUCAUUUAAGUCCUCGGUGAUUCAUGACACACAAAGCCUAGUCCCUUGAAACUAACCAGAGCAGCCUUGUGUCUCCACCACAAAGCAGACAAUCACAGCGGGUAGGGAGCGACCCCUAGAGGGGGCCUCCCUGCCCCUCGGGUGCAGCUAUGAUGAGCGCAGGGAAGGUGGGAACGGCUGUGGCAGAGCCUUUGCAGACCGUGGGGCAAGUGGGUCAUUUAUUUCUCCUUUUUCUGAACUGGGUGAAGCUCUUUGGGGCUCAGCAAAGGGUUGUCGGCUAGUUUCUCCAGUUCAGAGCCUCCUUUGGAAAUAUUUUUCCUUUCAAACUAACUUAAUACUCCUUGACAUUUGUAUGUGAUCAAGUCACCUGCCCUCGCCCAGGCCUUCUUCUGGGGACCUUUGACCUUCCUUAAAUGAGUCUCACACAGAAUGCAAGUUCCUGUGUGGUACGAUCUCGCUUCCCCUCUCUCCCUCCCUCCCUCUCCAUCUCUCUCUCUCUCUCUGUCCCUCCCUCUAUCCCUCUCUCUCUCUCUCUCUCUCUCUCUGUGCACACACACACCCUUUGCACAUCAGUAUUUUGAUGGCUAGUCUUUUGAUAAAUCUGUACCUUUUCCUGCUCCUGCAGAUCCCCUUCUUCCUGGUCCCUUGCCUGAUAAGUCAGAGGCCUUUGGCCUGUGAAAUGCCAUGGCAAGGCCUCAACGAUCAGUGUUGUAGAGAAUUCCUCAGCACCACCGGAGAAAUUCUGGUGAAAGAGAAGCCUUGCGGGGUCCCAGAUGCUGGGGGUUUUGAGUGUCACUGACCUGACAGCCCCGCUUGUCCAGAAUUCCAGGGAAGGACAAUCAGAUGGUGAUUUUUCUAGGGGAACAAGCCAAGUCAUAUGCUUUUGGAUGAACGUGUUUUCUUUUAUGUGUCCUGGGAAGUGAAGCCAACUACAGGUAUUACUAAGGAGUGAAAAUAAAAAUAGGUGUAGGCGUGAGGUCCUAAACCUUAGAGGCUGUGCCGGGAUCUGGAGAAGCCCUCGGUCGGUGUGACUUCCCAGGAGGGGCCCUUAACUGCCCGUCCUGGUGCUGGCAGCUGCCUUGGCCAUUUAGGCUUCCACACGUUCCAUCAGGACAGGUGGCCACAGGCACUGGGCAUGAUUACAAAGCAAAAUUCCACAGGUGUGGGGUCAGAACACCUCCAGAACUUCUUUUUUAAGAGUGACUCGGGCCUGUGUGGAAGACCGUGUCCCACCCAAUGGGAGGGUUCUGAAGCCCACCCCUCCCUCACCAGUUUCUGCUCCUCCCCUUGACCCCCUGGCCCCUCCCACACAGCCCUGCUCCUUCAUGCCGGAAGCUAGGUGAUUGCUGCCUUUGGGUCAUCUGGCAUGUCAGCGUUAGCCUGAGGGGAGAUGGGGAGGCGGAACAGCUCUAUCCAAUGGGAAAUACCUCCCUGCAGAUUUAAGCCGUGGCAAACCACUGCAGUGGUAGAGAAACUUAUCUAGCCUCUUAUUGUGCCUUUCCUCCUCUACCAUGUGUUGGAACAUCCCAAGGCAUCAGGAUUUUAUGGAGUAGGAGGGUUGUACUGGGGUGGAGGGAACCGCUUGAAGCAGGCAGGACCCAUGCACAUCUGGGAGGGACCCACCUCGGGGUCUGUCCACCUAGGGAGUGGUGGAUCGGAGUUCUGCAGAGAAGCUGCUAGGAGUCACCCUGCUGGCAUUCUGGACAAGUGGAGGUUCUGGAAACAGAGCCUCGUAAAAAGCCCGUAGGCACUGGUGUGCCGGAUCCCAGCCGGUCAGUCUCCAUUGUCCCCCAACCGUCCACCUAGAGCUUCCUUCCUUUUGUCUGGAUUGGCUUCUGCAGGGAGAGGGGCAGAAAGCCAGGCGGGUUCUGGAAAGUCAGCCUGAGGUUUCUGGCAAGUUAACUUGUAAAAUCAACCCCUCUCUGCCUCUCCCCUGUUGCCCUCCCAGAAACUCCGUAAAUAGUCACCGUCACGUCUGGUGCCGUACAUCUUCCACCAAUCUGACUGGCCCUUUUAUGACAAUCUGUGGUAGUGUCAUGCCUGCUAACCAUUGUCUGCCCUUAUCUAAAGGACAAUUUGAACUUUUUAAUGAUCUCAUUACAUACCGCCUUAUAGAUCCUGUAAAUAGAGGCUCACAGAAGUAAUAUAUGCUAUUAUGGAAGAUAUUUUCUACUGUGUUGUUUCCUAAACCAUACCUAGGAUUCAUGCACUUCCCAAAUGAUCAUGAUCCUCAAAAUGCUUUGUAAGAUAGGUGAGUGGAAAUAUAUAUAUAUAUAUAUGCUAUAUAUUUUCCUAACCUUUCUUCUGGGUCCCUUCCUCAGAUACUUGAGUCAGUGUAAAAAAGGAACUCAAGUCCUGUGUGUAGAAAUGUUAAGCCUUCUUUCUGCCUGCCAGUGUUCUGAAAUUGCCUUAUGAAUUCACAAGUUCUAGGAGUUCUGAACGGACGGUGGACGACAGGCACUUUAUCCAAUCCCAGAAAGACUCUCUAAUCACGUGACUGAGCAUUCAUCUAGAAAAACCUAUAUUUUUAACACUAAAACAAACGGGGCUUCUUGGACCUCACAGAGUAUUGGAUGUCUACAAGUGCUUUUAUAUUUUGUAACUGUAAAGAGGUUUCAUACGCACAGACGAGCAGUUGGGAAUCUGGUCGACUGCCAUAAAACAAGAUGACCUUUGCAUGUACAAAGAUGUUGCAUUCAGACUAUGAAAACAGCAAAUAAAGCUUCGAUGCAAGUUGCACUAGAGAA